AUCGCGUGAAUGGGAGCUGCAGAGGAUGUCUGACACGGAGGUGAGGGCAGUUUCUCUUCCGCAGAUCUUUUGGUUUGCCCCAACAAGAGUGAGGGCAUCCUUCUUGGGGGAAGAGUCAGCUCGAGCUCUACAUGUCUACUUCAUCUGGUUCAAGCUGCACGCGCAUUCGCAGCAUAUCAGCUUAAAGAAAUUUGAGUUCUGAUGGAUGAGCGGUGUUGCGAAUGCGCCUCGGUUCGUGAUCGUCUUGUUUCUCAGCGCUCCAUUCUCGAAUGCCAGCUCACAGCCCAGCAGAUCGACCGUGAUGCGUCGUGACGUGUCAGUGUUCAUUGGUCCUCAAGGCUCGCCUACAUUUUCCACAGUGGAGGAUGGCGACAUCGACAGCAGCUCAUCCACUCCUUCGCCAGUGCCUCCCAACGUGGAGGUGAAGCAUGGAGCGGCGAUAGAAACAACACUUCCAGAUGAAAGCGCAAUGAGCAGCGACAUCCUCAUCGACGUGCCCCAGGUGGUGGUAAGGCUGCAGCCUGGCUUAUUUCGGCCUGGGGAUGAUGAACACCAACUUUUCCGGAACCCCGAUGGUCCAGCAGUUUCCACAUUCUUUCUGCACAGAAAGAUUUGGGACAAUCUUUGGCAAUCGGAUUCUGAAGAAAAGUGGGUUUCCACCAUCCCCGGUCCGAAACAGGCCAGGUAUCACCCUUACCCUGAGGUGGCCACAGAACGCAUCGGGGAGCCGCUCUUCCAGUCCACGCCCACGAUGGUUGUAUUUCGCAGUGACGCAUAUUGCAAGGCCACUUACAGAACUACGUCACGGAUUAGUCCAGAGACUUGCCUGGAGCAUUGUAUUCGGGACACGAAGUGCAUGUUUGCAACAUUCCAUUGGAACCGCAAGUAUUCUCCAGGUUUUUGUAGGUUCUCCAGUAGUUGUUCUUACCAGAGUGGGCGAGCACGAAAGAUCUGGAAGAAGUCAGGUCCGACCCCGGCUCCGACCCCGUAUCCGACCCCGGCUCCGACCCCGUUGUUACCCCGUCCGCUUAAGAUGGCCAAAGCGAGCUUAUCCAAAGCAAGAGCGGCUAGCAAUUUGGCAUCAGCUGCCAAGAGAGCUGCCGAUGAGUCAUUGAAGGAGCAGGCCGAGACUCUGAAGCGCGCCGAAUCUGCGCAGAAGCUCGCAAUGGAGGCCCACGAGAUGGCGAAGGCCGCAGGGCGUGGGUCGCGAAAGGCUCUCACGGGCGCACGGUCAGCGAAUGAUGAGGCUGGUGAAGCGUUGAAGGAGGCUCAGCAAGCAGAUGACAACGCAGAAAAGUUAGGGCAUUUGGUCAAGGCGCAGAACCGCACCAUGCAUUCCCUGAAUCACACCGUUGUUUCCUUGAACCUGACCAUGCAAAAGGUAUCCGCCAUGCAGGUGGUGGACGAAUCACUGCUCAACGCUACAAAUCGCACCACAGAGCACUUGGGCAAAGUGCUUGACACCCAGAAGAAGACAUUGACCACGUUGGGGCACAUGCAGGAGGUGGACCACCACACCAUGAAUGCAGUGAACAGCACCAUCCAGGCCAUCCAGCUAGAGAUGAGCAAAACGAAGAAGGACACCGAGAAUCUGAAAGAUGAGCAAAAGACCCAGAAGAUUGUCAGCUAUACGGCCAUGGCGAUUGCACUUCUGUAUUGGAUUGGUCAGAAGGUCGCCGGCUACAUCGCUGUCCGCGCGGCGGCCAAGGCUAAGGACAUGGCGUUUGCUUCGGUGCGGGUCCGAGCGAUCAUUCAGUUGACAGUUCGAGGCAACGACGGGUCUGCACUGUUUGGGCCUGAGGACCUCAGCGGCGGCACUCAGCUUCUGGAGGUGGUCGAGCGCAUGCCACCACCGCCCGAGGGUGAGAGAUGGGAGUUCGUGAGCUCAAACAUCAGCCUGUCGUACGAGACACACGUCUACGAGAUCGGCGAUGGUACCGAGUUCACGCUAAUGGCCGUAUCAGUCUCUGUUGGCGACAUGCCUGCCGAUGCGUGACCGCAUGAUGCCCGUCGGCCACCAAACUCCUCAGCAGGUGUCAAGAAUUGAGAACAGAGCCGUCCAUUCGUCCUAGCAUGGCGAUCACCGAUGAUGUUGCUCAGCCCUCUGAGUACCUAAAGGCGGCCGCUUCUGCCGCCGAACCAAAGAAGACCACGGAGCAAAAGAUGCUUUGGUGGGUGCUGGCGUCGCUUUGCCGGUGGCCCUUCCAGAAUGCGAUUCGGCUCCAAGGCUGUGGGGGGGGGGCAUGGCGUGGUCACGGAACUCCUGCUUGGCCCGUAGGACGGCGAGGGCGAGGGCCCCAGCCUUCCCGCGAGCGCCCCCUCCGCCCCCCUGCGGGAGGGGGCCCUCAGUUUUUGGCGCGCGCAAGCUGCCCUGCGCCGCGCGCGCGCGCGCUCGGCCCAGCGAGUCCGCGCGCGCUCACUUUUACGCGCGCCGCGCGCGUCGCCGGCUUGCUUCUGCGCCUCGCGCGCCACUUGUGCGCGUUGGCACCUCCGAGCUCGGCGAAUUUUUUUCUUGUGACACUGUGCUGCGAGGCGCGCUCGGGAGUCCCGCGCUGCCAGCAGCGCGAGCGCGGUGGCGAUGCAGGGGCGGGCCAGGCCUUGCCCGCGGGGCGUGGCCGGCUAACCCCGUUUGCCGCCCCCCCCCUUUAUUUUCGCUGGCGCCCGCGCCGUCGCGCCUCCCUCUGUCGGCGCAGUCGGCGCCGUAGGGCUUUUCGCGGGGACUGGGCCAGGGGGCCGCGUCGCGGGCCAGAAGGCGUCCUGCGGCCGCCCGGGCAAAAAUGCCCCCCUCUCUCCCUCGUCCUCGGCCCGCCUCGCCCCCCUUCCUUUCCUCCCUCUCUUCAUGCUUACGCAGGCGCGCAGUUAACUUACUAGUCUGGCCUACUGAAGAUUGUAGGUUAAGUGGGGGAAAGGGCGCCCCAUUUUGGUCUCAUAGCCGUGAGGAUCGAGCGGAGUUGCCCACCCACCCACGACCUCGCUCCCGCGCGCGGCCCUGUCCCCCUCAGGGGGCCGCGUCGCGGGCCAGAAGGCGCCCUGCGGCCGCCCGGACAAAAAUGCCCCUCUCUCCCUCGUCCUCGCCCCGUCUCGUCCUCCGUUCCUUUCUUCCCUCUCUUCCUGCUUUGCGCCCGCAGGCACGCACUUAACGGAACGCGUGCCGCUAGCGGAUGCGGGG